AUGUCGGUCGCCUCAAAGAACCUCUACGACCUCCUCGGUAACACCGACGAGGAGGGAUCCGAGAACCCUGCUCCCGUCAAGACCGUCACCAAGACAACCACCAAGACCGGCAAGGCCAACGCCGACGGCACUGGUCCCGCCAGCUCCGCUCCUGCCUCUGGCGCCCGCUCUGGAGCUCGAGGUGGCUUCUCCGCUAACGAGACUGCUUUCCGCGAUGGAGGUGCCGGCUCUGGUGCUAACCGGAGGAAGCCCACCGACGAGGCUCCCCGCGGCGGAGCCCGAGGCGGCCGUGGCGCUCGUGGUCGAGGAGGCCGUGGCGCAACCCAUCACCGCAACGCUGACGACAGGCACACUAAGAACAUAGUGCCCGGUUCCGAGAAGCAAGCUGCUCAGUCAUGGGGUGCCGCCGAGGGUGCUGCCGAGCUCAACGACGAGCAGGCCGGUGAGGCCAUUGCUCAGUCCGAGCAGAAGGAUGCCGAGGCUGAGGAUGCCGAGGCCGAGGCCCAAGAGCCUGAGCCCAAGCAGGUCUCUCUCGAUGCCUACUAUGCCGAGCUGGCCGAGAAGAAUGCUGCCCUGAACGCCGGCACGUCCACUCGCAAGCCCAACGAGGGUGCCAACUCCAAGCAGUGGGCUGACGCCAAGGCCCUCGUCAAGGACGAGGAGGAAGAGGUCUUCAUUGCCGCUUCCGGUGGCAAGAAGCUGCGCACGCGCGAGCAGAAGAAGAAGGAGAUAGUCACCUGGGAUGACCGUGCGCCUGCCGAUCGCAGCCGUGAGAGCCGUGAGGGUCGUGAGGGCCGUGGCGGUCCCCGUGGCCGUGGUGGAGACCGUGGUGCCCGUGGUGGUGAGCGUGGCGACCGUCGCGGAGGUGCUCCUCGUGGUGCUCCCCGUGGGGGUGCUCCUCGCGGUGGUGACGGCUUCCCUCGUGGCGGCCCCCGUGGGGGACGUGGCGGCCCUGCCCCCAUCAACCCCAACGAUACCAGUGCUUUCCCCAGCCUGGGCGGCAACUAA